AUGAACAACUUAUUAUUACAAUCAAUCUUAGGAUUAUUAAUUUUAUUUGUUACAAUUAUCUCAGCUUUAGCACCACACACAUUAAUAAAAAAAUUUAAAUUGGACAAUGAUGGAAAACCAAAUUUAUUUUUAAGUUUAAUGUGCUGUGUAGGUGGUGGUGUCUUUUUAGCUACCUGUUUUCUAGAUAUUUUACCUGAAAUUCAAUUUGGUUAUGAGGAUAUUAAAAAAAGAACUAACACAACAAACAAUUUUCCAUUUCCUCAGUUAAUGGUGUGCUUAGGGUUUUUUUUUGUAUAUCUUUUAGAAGAACUUUGUUCAAAAUAUUUUCAUAAAGAUGAUGAAUCAUGUAAUCAUGCAUUACCAAAUUAUAAUUCUGUUGAAACAAGUAAACCAUUAAUUCAUGAAAAUGAAGAAAAUAGAACUGUAAUAAAAGUACAAACUACUUCUACAGAAAUUCCAUGUUCAGAAACAACAACAAUUGAUUCACCAAAACAUGAUGAAAAGAAACCAAAUGAUUAUUUUAAGGCUUUGUCAUUUGCAAUUAUUAUGUCAUUUCAUUCUAUUUUAGAAGGGGUUGCCUUAGGAACUAAAAAUGACUUGUCUGGAACACUAGUUUUGUUUACCUCUUUAUCUCUUCAUAAAAUUAUUGAAGCUUUUGCUGUAGGUCUUCAAAUUUCAAAAACAAUUUCGGGUCGAUCAAAAUGGGCAGUAUUAAUACUUUUUAUUUAUGCAAUUAUGACUCCAAUUGGAGCAUUACUAGGUGCUGGAUUAAAGGAAUUGAAUAUAAAUGCAAUAUCUCGUGAUAUUGCAGUAUUAAUUUUAGAAUGUUUAGCUGCAGGAACAUUUAUAUAUGUUACGUUUCUAGAAAUAAUUGCACAAGAAUGUGUUCCAAAAAAUAAUAGAAUGUACAAAUUAGGUGCUGUUUUCUCUGGUUUUUUAAUAAUAGUAGCUCUUCAAUAUCAUAACCAUUUUUUUUAA